UGUAUGUAUACAUCACUAAUCAUUUAUUUUUGCUCCAUACGUUUACAGUUCCUCUGGUGAGAAGCAAAUGCGAACCGCGUCGUUCUCCGAUUCCUAUGACCGUGUAGCGGAUCCGUUCCGGUCACCGCUGCUGGCGGCGAAGGGCAGCGAGCCGGCGGCGGAGAAGCUGUGCAUCGACGAGAUGCUGCAGAGGCACUGCGGCGAGUUCGGGCGGUGGCAGCUGAAGCACUUCGUGCUGACGAGCCUGGCGUGGGCCCUGGAGGCGUUCCACACGAUGGUGAUGAUAUUCGCGGACCGCCAGCCGGAGUGGCGGUGCCGGGCCGGUUGGGCCUGCGAGGCGGGCGCGAAGAGCGUGUGCGGGCUUGAACCGGGCUCGUGGGAGUGGGUGGGAAGGUCGACUGUUACUGAGUGGGGAUUGUUUUGCGGUGACAAGUAUAAGGUUGGGCUUGUUCAGGCCGUCUUCUUCGGCGGCUGCAUGAUCGGUGCUGGAAUAUUCGGUCACCUCUCAGAUUCCUUCCUCGGAAGAAAAGGCUCUCUCACUGUGGUGUGUGCCCUAAACACCGUAUUCGGCACCUUGACAGCCCUAUCCCCCAACUUCUCCUCCUACGUCAUUCUCCGCCUCCUCACCGGUUGCAGCACCGGCGGCGUCGGCCUCUGCGCCUUCGUCCUCGCCACCGAGCCCGUUGGCCCCAAGGCACGCGGCGCCGCCGGCAUGUCCACUUUCUACUUCUUCUCCUCCGGCAUCGCCCUCAUCUCCGCCAUUGCUUAUAUCUUCCCCACGUGGCGCAAACUCUACAUCGCCUCCUCCCUCCCCUCCCUCCUCUUCCUCCUCUUCAUCCUCCCCUUCAUCUCGGAGUCCCCAAGAUGGUACCUCGUUCGAGGAAAAACCAAUGAAGCCACAAAAAUCAUGUCCAAAAUCGCCACCUCUAAUGGUAACCAUCUUCCACAAAAGGUCUUUCUAACCCUAAACCAACAACAACAACCACGAUCAUUAUCAUUGUCGUCAUCAUCGUCAUGCCAUCACGUAGCAUUGUCAAAAUCCAUAACACUAUCAUCUUCUACAUGUCACGUGGACACAGAAGUCAACUCCUUAAAUAAAUCUCAGUCAAAAUGUUACUUAUAUAAAGAUGUUAACCCUUUAAAUGAAUCUCAAUCAACAUGCCAUGUGUACACAGGUGUCGAUGUCAAUUCCUUAAAUGAAUCUCAGUGUCAGACGUGUCACCUAGUAAUGACCGGAUCACUUAUGGACAUGAUCCGAUCACAGGUGACACGUCAGAGAUUGAUUCUAGCAGUAGUAAUUAACUUCUUGUGCUCCGUGGUGUACUAUGGGUUGAGUCUCAACGUGGUGAACAUGGAUACCAACCUUUACCUCACCGUGAUACUGAACGCGGUGGCGGAGAUGCCGGCGUUUAUGAUAACGGCGAUGUUGCUGGACCGGUGGGGGAGGAAGCCGUUGACCAUAGCGACGUUAUGGUUCAGUGGGGCGUUUUGCCUCGUGGGAAGCUUGGUGAGCAACGUUGGGGUGUGGAAGGGUGUGAGAAUGGCGUGUGGGGUUUUGGGGAUUUUUGGGAUGGCGGGGACGUAUAAUUUGCUGUUCAUUUACACGGCGGAGCUGUUCCCGACGGUGGUGAGGAACGCCGCGCUGGGGUGCGCAACGCAGGCGGCGCAGAUGGGUGCGAUAUUGUCGCCGCUGGUGGUCGUUUUGGGGGGGUCGUUGCCGUUUAUGGUGUUCGCUUUGUGCGGAAUUGGUGCUGGCGUUUUCGCGUUUUAUCUGCCGGAAACGCUGAACCAACCUCUCUAUGAUACGUUAUCGGGAAUGGAGGCCAAGGAAAAUAGUGUAUAAUUUCACUAUAAUUUUACCUUCUUCUUGGAUAUGUUAA